AUGGCUCGGCACCGGGAGCCCCGAGGGCGGGGAGACCCCGACGGGGAGGCCGAGGGUCGCUCUUCGCUCGACGACGACCGCGACGACGACCCGCUUUUCCCCCUCACGGCUGCCCCGCCGCCUCACUCGCCGGACGCUCCGGAGGAAGAAGCGGCCCGCAGCCGCCGAGCCGCCAUCACCUGCAGCCGACUUCGACAAAUUCAAAACAUUCUGACGGAGAGCAACAAGUCCCAGCCAGAUGGCAUCCUCUGCAUUUUGGGAAUUGAUAGUCGGUACAAUGAAGGAUGCUGGGAACUCGCCAACCAUCUCCUCUUUGGCUUGUACAGCCAGGGCAACAACGACUUUGAAAGAUCAGGAUUUCCCGAAGAAGUCCUGGAUGAUGUGAUCCUGCUGAUUAAACCGGACAGCGUCCAUCUGUACUGCAACCCUGUCAACUACAAUUACCUUCUCCCCUACGUGGCGUUUUGGAGGAACUUGCACUUCCACUGCCUGACGGAAACCGAGUAUGAAGACGAAGAGGCCGCAGAAGAAUUUAAAAUUGCCAGCUUCGUGGACAUGGUCCGAGAUUGCAGCCGGAUCGGCAUUCCGUUCAGCUCCCAAGGUCACCUGCAGAUCUUCGACAUGUUUGUGGUGGAAAAGUGGCCCAUUGUGCAGGCUUUUGCUCUGGAAGGCAUUGGCGGCGAUGGCUUCUUCACCAUGAAAUAUGAGCUGAUGGACGUCAGUCUGGAUCUCUGGAAAGCCUACAGCAAAGUGGAUCCCGUUUCUUUGGAGAGCUUACUUGAUGAGGACUUGAUGACUUUUGAACAUCAGUGGACCAACUUCUUUGCCAAUUUUGACACGGAAAUUCCUUUCAUUCUGGAACUCUCAGAAUCUCAGACCGGAGAGCCAUUCCGAAGUUACUUUAGCCACGGGCUGAUUUCAAGCCACAUAACAGAUAACAGCCCCAGCAGGCAACCGUUUGCGCUCUUUGGCACCCACUCAUCCAGAGAAAACCUGAAUUCGGGCAAUUUCAGUUUCCCCUCGGAAGGACACCUGCUCCGCAACACGGGCCUGGCUGGCAGCAUCGCCAAACACAUGGCCGUGCAGUGUGUCUCCCCCAAGGGCCCUCUGGCAUGCUCCAGGACCUAUUUCUUCGGCGCCACCCACACUCCUUACCUUGGGAAUGGCGAUGGAUUGGAAAAGAAAACGGAAGACGUCAAACUCUUAUCUCAGAUCUAUUUCGCUGUGGUGGAGGCUGUCCUGGCCGGCAUAGAGACUUACUCAAAAACGUCCAGUGUUACCAGGGCGAAAGAAGGAGCUGAAAAAGUGUUUUUCAAGAUGCUUGAGACCUUUGGACUUUCGUGCUUUAAAACUCCACUACGCACCAAGAUAGAUUUCUGGAUUCAGGCUGUGAACAAGCAGGGGAGAAUUAUUCCCGUGGAUAACAAAGACAGCCUGUACUUGGUUAAAACUGUGUCCAUGGCCGCGUACGACAUCCCCGACCUUCUGGCCGGGAGAGGCUGCCUGGGCUCGGUGGUCUUCUCGGAGUCCUUCCUGACGUCGCAGAUUCUCGUGAAGGAAAAAGAUGGCAACCUCACCCCAGAAUCCAGCUACAUCAUCCUCACCGCGGUGAUCCCAAGAUCGGCGUCUUGGCUGGUUGAAGAGAAUGAAGUGAAGCUCUCCGAACGGGCGCAGCGAAUCCUGAAGAAAGAAGACUCUUUCUUGGGAACCCUCCUGACUGGAGGCGACGGAGCAUAUAUUGCUGCUAAUAAUUCUCUCUGUAGACCGGAGGAAGGAAAGCUUCAUUUCUUUUCCGAGGGCCUUUUGUUUUGCCAUCCCCACCACGGGAGCAUUACGAUCUCCAAGGGACACAUGGCGUCCAUUCAGUUCUACGACGGGGAUUCCACCAGUGUGGUUGCCGUGCUUUUUAUAGAAUACAAGCCUUCUCUGCUCCCUCAUUUGCCAGUCCAGCUGCACACCCCAAACCACGUCCUGAUGAUUGCGCUCUUCCCAAAAUCGACCCUGUAUAAAGCUUUCUAUUCCCAGGUCUUUUCUGCCUGGCAACGGCCGGGAAAUUCGGGAGUAAUGUUAAAAAUGAUCCAGGACGAUGGCCUGUCUGCGGAACAGGAGAGAUUACAUUCCAACAUACAGAAGCUCUUUGAAGUCUUAUCUUAUCCCGCCGGAGAACGAUGGAGCCAACUACGACUGCUCACCAGCCUCCCAGAUCUGGCCAGUUUUCUACAGCACUUCACUAUCGGUAGCGUCAGCCCAGAACCGGUGAUGAGGCCGCAUCUGCCGGUGCUCCUGCAGCAGACGGAGGCCAUUCCUGAUAACGAGGCACAGAAUGAUAAGGUGGUGAUUACCAUCUUGACAGGUCUUCCUGGAUGCCAGUCAAGUGAGCUGUGCUCGUUCUUGGUCAAUUUUAACAAAGAAUAUGGAAGAAACGAGGUGGAACUUAACGGAUCACCUCAGUCCACGGCCUUUUCUGCGAAAUUCAAGUCGAACCGGGCUUCCGUCCCAUUGACUUUGCUCAAUGUCCUCUACAGAUACACCGACGUGAUUGACGUUGUCCAGGCCCUUCAGACUCACCCGGACGCAGACGUGAAGGCCUCUUUUGUCAUUGGUGCCGUCACAACGUGUGUUGAACCCCUCAGCUCUUACAUGGAACACAGGUUUCUUUUCCCCAAGUUCCUGGACCAGUGUUCUCAAGGGUUAGUGAGUAAUGUCGUGUUCACAAGCCACGCCGCCGAGCAGAGAAGCCCGCUCCUGGUCCAGCUGCAGAAACUCAUCCGAGCUGCCAACUCGUCCGUCUCUUUUAUCCUGGCAGAAAACGGCAUCGUAACUCGGAAUGAGGACAUUGAGCUAAUCCUUUCGGAAAACAGCUUCUCCGAUCCCCAGAUGCUGGCAACUCGCUAUUUAAUGUAUCCUGGCUGGUUUGAUGGGAAAUUUAGAGCCGGUUCUGCCUUCCCUCCCAUGGUCCAGAUUUGUGUGUGGUUUAACCGCCCUUUGGAGAAAAUGCGCUUUGCAGCCAAAUGUAAAGCUUUGAAGUCAUCUAACAAAUCGAGUCCGUUCUCUGGAAACAUAUACCACAUUUUUGGCAAAGUCAAGUUUUCAGAUUCUGACCGGAUGGUUGAAGUUUGUCACCACGCAUCUUCCAACACCUUAAGCCUGGGACCUGUCCUGGAGGGGCCUCUCCCCUCCCCUCCUGACUCCAAAACCGAGAACCGGGACCACCCUGGAUCGCAGGAAUGUUUCCUGGUGUUCGUGGGAUGCUCCCUCAAAGAAGAUGACAUCAAGGAUUGGCUGAGGCAGACGGCCAAACAGAAACCACAGAGAAAAGCUCUGAAGACCCGGGGCAUGCUGACGUCCCAGGAGAUCAAGAGCAUCCACGUAAAACGGCACUUGGAUCCGCUCCCCACUGGCUACUUCUACAACGGGACCCAGUUUGUGAAUUUCUUUGGAGACAAGAUGGAUUAUCACCCGCUGAUGGACCAGUUCAUGAACGAUUACGUGGAAGAGGCGAACCGCGAGAUUGAGAAGUACAACCGGGAGCUGGACGAGCAGGAAUACCACGAUCUCUUCGAGCAGAAGACCUAA